CGACUCGGUAAUGACGGUGUCAACCUUCAAAGUACCUCACCUACCUUAUGGAUACAUGGUCCCAAAGUCAAACAAGUCUACCGACACUUGCUACGCUACGCUACGUUAUAUGCCCGAGUGCGCUGCCGUCGUCGACUUGUCAUCUAUCGCCUCAAAACUUAGGUUUCCAGUCCAAACAACGCCCCCCGUCAACUGGGUAUCUGAUCCAAUCUUGACUAACGGCAAACGCAAGCCCCAUACUUUGCAACGAACCUUGCGCAAUCAACAACUCUUCGCCUGCAGCCAGCACGCCCGUCUGGGCAAUCAGCUAUCCUCGGGGGCUGCUCGUCCCUGCUUCGCCUUGCCUCGCCUCAAGCUCGUCUCAUUGCUCAGGCUGCUCACCUUCUUGCCUGGCGCCACCUGCCGUCGCUCUUGGUGCCAGCCAACCGGAUCGACAGACGGCAGAUCCGCGCUGGCACUGUCUCGAGACUCGACUGUCCGGGUUCGAGACUUUGUCCACUUCCACUUUGUGUUUCUUCAAUGGUAGCGCUGACCGUGGCUCUCGUCGUUGUCUCCUUGCCUGGCGGACGGGAUGAGAUAAGACAUGCGUCCAAACGCCGCGCGACCAACCAGGACACACCCAUCACCCACAACAGGUCGUAUUGUCAUUAUUGUCGGGCUCUCGGGAAUCGUUGGAACUGGAGACGCAACUGCCUUACUCGAUAUGCAUGGCUCAAACAACGCGAGAACCAACAGGAACCUCUCUAGCAUAGCUGCAUCGCUACCUUGCAGGAAAGUACCGUACUGCUUCGGUGACCACCACGACGCACAAGUGCCCCAGGCCGAUACUUCUCCGACGAUUUCAUCCAUGGCCUGACUUACUCUCGUGUCACCCUCUCAUCCCAAUCGAGACGUCUUUGCCAUGUGUGCACGUCUCAGGCAACCACUCGUCCAAACGAAGUUUCUCCUCACUUUCUCCUGCUAUGCAUGCGCCUGUCCAACGGCACGAACCAUUGAUCAAGAGAAUCGACUUUUCUGCCUAGACUUUACAUGUGGUUCUGUUGAUGCCCCAGGCUUCCACAAGCAACUUGGAACCCCUGUCUGGUGACAAUGAAACCUUUUGACAUCACCAAUUCUGGUCUCGAAUCGCACACAUCCCCACAAGAAAUCUCUCUGAAGCAGAGCGGCCAAGAGGUGAAGCUCAAGAGACCGAGGCAGAGAGCCGUUCGCUGUGCCUGCCCGGCUGGCAGCAACCAUUGACGGCGCAACCCUCUCCGCUAACUAGCUAACACCUCCGAGACACAUGUCUCGCUGGCCAGCCCCCCAUGCAAGUGUCAUUCGCCGUCCCAAAGGGGCAAUCCGAAUUGGGUGCCGCGCCCUCGGAGCCGUCAUCCAUUCUCGACGAUCUUUGUCCGCUCAGAAUAUACCUUCUGUGGCGUACAAAAAGCCACACUAUCUUCUAUAGCUACGAAGAAGAAGGGUGCGAAACGUUCGGCUUCAUCACAUCAACUUUUCGACCAUAACUAUGGAGCAGUUGUUCCGGGUGGUCUUUAUCAGACAGCUCUUGGUUCCCCGGCCGAUCUUCAACGCUGUAGUCCAUCCCUCCCGAGUACCACACGGGGACCCAUCCCCGCGUGCUCCAACUUCAAGCUCCUCCGCCUGCCGCCCACCCCCUUGGCGGGUGGAUGCCCGCAUCACCCGAGGUCCUAGCGCCAAAAUGACAGCCUCGCCGGCAGCGAUCGACAAUCCUUUUAUCGUCGUCAGGCCAAUCACCAAGAUCAAUGAGUGGCCACAGCGAAGCUCAAACUGAACGGAGGAAAGAUGGAGUGGCACAGGCGAUCAUGGUGCGGCUCCAAAGUCGACGCAGAAGUCUGGGGAAGUACGACUUCUGCCCCUACGGAAAGAUGACGGUCGAGAAUUACCCCUUCAACUCGUCUUACAGUGUGGUCAAGUUGGGGGUGUUUAGACCAGGCUGUUUGACGCGCAAUGCGGAGCGCCAAUCGAGGCCGGCAUCAUGUUUCCUUCUCUCGAACGACUCGAUGCUUCCCCGAAGUUACUGGCCGCGCUCAUUGCCGUGUCGGCGAAUCCUCAUGCCCUGUUCGGGUUUUUGCAGCACCUCUGAUACGUCACGAUUGACGUCUCCGCAUAGGAGGCUUGAAAACUACCUCCAUGUUCUUCUGGCUCCCGCCAGGGUACUGCCAGGGUUUCUGCCUAGCCAUCUGUGUCACUAGAAGUACGGAUACCAUGCCUUGUUGCAGGCUUCGACUCACGAAAUCAAGAGCACCCCUGGAAUGGGCAUGCCUAGAUCAGUGGCUCUGCCCUGUAGCAACACUUCCCAUUUUUUCAGUUCUGUCCGCAAGAAGACAGGCUUCCUUCGUUGUAUCGUAACCUAGGUCUCACAGGCAGCACUGAUCACUGUUCCACGAGAAACGGGAGGAUCCGUCGAUUGCGUCUCAAAGACACCCUGACUCCCUGGUGUUGAAACCCCUUCCACCUUGCUUACACAUGACGUCUACGUCGCUCAGAGAAAUGGAGUUGCAGCUCAAAGUACGCAGCACACCUGAAUCUUGUGCUCAACGCUGGCCCCGACACUUACAAGAGUUACGGUCCACCGCAGCGUCGAUCGGCUCACACAGCCGUUUCUCUCUGGCGCAACUGACAAGCUUCAACCUGCCGGGUCGCCUUGGUAGAUGAUCCUUCUUGCAGCCGGGAAGGCUCACUAGAACUUGACGUCUGCCUCGAACAGCGUUGAAUAUGUACUCAAGUCAAUGGCCACACAAGCUCGAGGACGUUUCUGCGUUUUCUGCAGCAAAAUCUGGGAGAUGCGACACCCUCUUUGGAUUGGCGUGCUCUAAACACUGAGAUAUAUCGCUGCGGGCAGAUCGACCUGGCCUGCUGCGGUCUUCCACUCCCCACGAGAUGGCGGUCUUUCCGGUCGAGACCUGUUUGAGCUUAUGCCUUGGCUCGUCCGCCAACACUUCUACUCAGAGCUUAGACUUGUUGUUGACAGCGACUCAUACCGAGUUCUUACCAUCACCGCCAUCUUUCCAAGGACGGCGCGGGAUCGUGGGUCAGCAAACAGCAGGCCGAAAACUCAUCGCCGUCGGGGAGAGCACCAUUUCCUCUGAUCUGUUUCCGCAGACGCAGAUCCCGGCACGCAGUGGUUCUCGAUGAAGAGGAUAUGAUGCACUCCAUCGUCUAGGAACGAUUCAUGCAGAUGAAGUUUCUACGAAAUUCAAAGAUCAACAACAACUCACUCCGUCGAGGUAGGAUUUGAUGGACAACAAUAAGCUCAUUGCUCCACCGUAUGUAUAUUGAGGGAUGGUACAUUUGGCCUCACCUGUAUCCGAACCCCUGAACUAGUCUGCUUACCCGCUUACCGGCAGUCCACCUUCCCCCUCCCAUCUCGUGUGACUCAACCCUUCAGAUAGCAUAUAGCUAGCGCAGGAGUCGAAGAGAGGUGGAGAGAGGGGGGAGGGGGGAAUUGGAGGGCUAGGAGAAGGCCAAAGCUAUACCCACAGAGAGGGUUCAUUGACGACACGGAAACAAUAUGUAUCAUGUAAGUUCUUGGCGUGAAGAUAUUCUAGGCAGCUAGGUGUGACCGGGCAACGAUGUCUGUCUACUAUGUCAAGGCUUUCGCAAAUGAGAUGAUGGUAGAUAUGGUUUGAGUUGAGGAGACCAACUUGAGCAUAACGAAAAGAAGAGAAGAACAGGAACGAUUCUAAUCACCUUUGUUUCGUUGUCCAUUAAAAAACACUUGUCUGGAUGUAGGGUGCUAUAGCAAACGUGC